UUACGCGCUGUGAAUCAGGAAGUAUUUGAAUUCAAGAGAAACGAAACUUAUCUCUCCUCUAGUACACAAGUGAUUCAACUUCUAAUAGAUCCACACCGCUGUUCUUUGGGAUAAACUGUAAAGGAAAUCAUAUUUGAGCUGUAUUUCUGUCGAGCCCUUAUUACAGAACAGAGACUGAGAAUCUGUUCAUAUUUGAACACCACAAAGAAAUGGCCGAGUCUGCAGUGAGUCAGUAUGUGGAUCAGUUCAGCUGUCCAGUCUGUCUGGAUCCUCUGAAGGAGCCGGUGACGAUUCCCUGUGGACACAGUUACUGUAUGAGCUGUAUUACUGACUGCUGGGGCCAGAAGGAGCAGGGGCCGCCGUACCGCUGUCCCCAAUGCAGAGAGAGCUUCAGUCAGAGACCUCUACUGAAGAAGAACACUCUGAUAGCUGAGAUGAUGGAGACGCUGCAGAAGACGUCCCUACAAACGGCUGCUGUGGAGUGUGAUGUUUGCACUACAGAGAAGAACAGAGCUGUAAAGUCCUGUCUGCAGUGCUUGGCCUCCUUCUGUCAAACUCACCUGCAGCUUCACUAUGAAUCUCCUGCGUUUAUGAAGCACAAACUAGUCGAAGCUUCCAGAAACAUUCAGGAGAACAUCUGCCUCAGUCAUGGGAAACUUCUGGAGAUUUACUGUCAGGAUGAUCAUCAGUGCAUUUGUAACUUGUGUAUGAUUGACAAUCAUAACGGCCACCGUUUGGUGUCUGUGGAUUCAGAAUGGACUAGCAAGAAGAAAGAGUUAAAGAAGAUAAAGGUGGCGUGUCAGAAGCUGAUCCAGGAGCGAGAGAGAGGUCAGCGGGAACUCAGAGAAGCUGUGAAGUCUUUGAAAAGUUCAGCUCUAGAGACCAUGGAGGACAUUGAGAAGGUCUUCACUGAGCUCAUCUGCUCUCUUGAGAAGAAACGCUCUGAGAUUAAAGAGCAGAUCAGAGCUCAGGAGAAGACUGAGAUAGAUCGAGCAGAGGAACUUCACAAACAUCUGGAUCAAGAGCUGACAGAACUCAGAAAAAGACAAGCAGAGAUUGAGAAACUUCUGAUUACUGAUGAUCAGAUCCAGUGUCUGAAGAGCUGUCAGUCUGUGUGUGUUUUACCUUCAUUUGAAGACGUUCCCAGCUUCACUCAACACACUCAUCUGUCUUUUAAAGACAUUUCAAUCUCAGCGUUUAAGGAGGUUUUGGAGGAUGCCUGUCAACAACAAACAGCUAGAAUAUCUCGAGAAGUGUCAAAUGUCCAUGUUUCAGAGUCUCCAAAACCUGAAUCUCCAAAUGAAUUUUUGCACUAUUUCUGUCAGCUGCAACUGGAUCCAAACACUGCACACCGAAACCUCAAACUGUCAGAAGAAAACAGAAAAGCAUCACAUUCAGCUGAAGUUCAGCAAUAUCCUGAUCACCCAGAGCAAUUUGAUGGAUAUUACCAUGUCUUGUGUCGGGAGAGUUUGUACAGUCGCUGUUACUGGGAGGUCGAGUGCAGUGGAGACAACUGGUCUGUAGCAGUUUCUUACAAAGGAAUUAGUCGUAAAGGAAGAAGUGAAGACUGUAGACUUGGCUUCAACAAAGAAUCUUGGAGAUUGUCCCGCUAUCAACAGAAUGUCCAUUUCAUACAUGAUAAAGCCCAAGUCUCAAUCCCUGCUGUCUGCUCCUCUAGAAUAGGAGUGUAUCUGGAUCACAGAGCAGGAACUCUGUCCUUCUACAGCGUCUCUGACACAAUGACUCUCCUUCACAGAGUCCAGACCACUUUCACUGAACCCUUAUACCCUGCUUUUGGGGUUAGUAAUGGUUCAUCUGUCAGGAUCAUAGAGCAAAGAAGAAUUUAGAUCAGUAAUAAAAAGGGCUUUUCACACUGCUUUAACCCCUGGGUUCCUGUUUGUUUUCACUUCCUUGUCCGAUCACCAUCAUUAUACAUUGUGUUGUAUCUGCCACUCUGCCUGUUUGGAUUAAACAUGGAUUUUUAUAUUGAGCUCUUCUUCUUUGUCUUCCUUCAUGAACACAGCCAUGACAGAUGAUCGGACCGCCCAAAAUGGAUGAGAGGGCAAUAAUGCUCAUCCAGGCUCAGGAGAGCCCAGACCUUUUUUCGUUUAUCAAGGACUUUAUUUGUUUGGCCGUCACCAGCUCCCUGGACGACGAGACCCUCAAGACCUUGUUCCGGAUCGGGGCUACAUUCCACCAAGGCCUCGGCCUCCCAAACACCACCGGACUGACCUGGAGAGAAGCUGUCAUUCAGUGUCUGGAGAGUGUCGCGUCCCGAUCUGGAACACAGCCAGACCCAGAGCCCGUAGCAACACCCUCAACUGUGGAGAACUCGCAUGUGCCCCCUGCAGACAAUGAGCCAGCAUCCGCCACAACACGUCAGCCAGAGCCCGAGGAAAAGAGGACAGAGCUGACCCUUGCCCCGGAUGUGCUGCCCUACCGCAAGUCUGACCAGGGGUGUGAGCCAGCGACAUCAGCGGAUGAGGGAGUCACGACAAUGGAGGAUGAGGACUGGCUAAUCGACUUCAGUGAGGAAGUUCCAUCUCCCACCCUUUCCCACCCAGUAUCUUCAUCCUCAUAAUUGUUUCUGUAUGGUAUAAAUGACUGUAAAGACUGUAUAUUACUCACCAUUACACCGUUGAUAUCUUCACCACCUCCAUCACCCCAGAGCUCAGCCAGUCCUCCAACCAUGCUGCUGCCGGAGGCCCACAGCCCUGCUCCGUCUACCGUGGGAGCCCCGCUCUGACGUCGAGCCACAGGUCGUGUGUCCACCUGCAGCCCCAUCACCUGAGGAUCCUGCGGCUCCGCCUCCGGCUUCUGAGAUCCUCAUUCCAUCUCGGUCUGACAGCUCCGUCGGGGCUCCUCCCACCUACAGCUUCACUGGAGACCCUCGGACUUCCGGUUCCUCCGGGUUCCCUCGUCCUGCCGGCUCCCCCUUGGUCAGUCGUCGCACCUCUUCCAUCACAGACUUGCGGUCCGUCCGCUGCACUCCUUCCUUCCACCCCUAUGACGUCAGUGGGCUCCUCCUUCCCCUUGGUGUCGCCUCUGUCCUCUGUCACACCGGAUCCACCUCAGCCCUCGGGUACUCUGGCAAGGCCUUCGAUGGUCGUCGCCGCGACAUUGCCUGGGUCUCCAGUACCAGCGAUGUCGGUCGUCUCCAACGCUUCUCCGUCUGCGCCGGCGUAUCCAUCGGCCAUGCCUCUGUCGGUCGCCCCCCAGUUGUCGUCAGCCACGUCACCAUCUAGACUCCUCCCUCCCUCGUCUUCGCCAUGGGCUGUUGGCUCUGGGUCUGUGCCCUCGGCUGUCUACCAUCUACGCCACCAGGGGAUCGUCGUCCUCCCUUCACCACUCCCUCAUCACCUUCACUUCGCCCGCCUCCAGAACCCCCUCUGACCCUCCCCAUGGAUGUCCCAUUACAGCACGAGGACGCACCUCGCCGGAGGGUGGCGUGAUGUCACAGUCACCCUCAUGUUCUGUUUGUUUUGGUUUUCUCUUGUCAUAUGUGCUCCCUUGUUCUAGUUCCCGCCACCCAUCAGUCACCAUGGACACUAACCACCAUAACAGCUGCACGUCAUUAGUUAAUCUUCCUUUGUGUAUAAGUUCCUGUUUGUUUUCAGUUCCUUGUCCAAUCACCGUCAUUAUACGUCGUGUUGUAUCUGCCACUCUGCCUGUUUGGAUUAAACUUGGAUUUUUAUAUUGA